AUUAUCCACACUAUUUAAGGAUAAAUCAGAGCUCAAAUUUCGAAAGCAGGUUCUCAAUUUCAUUUAGGAAAAAGAGAAUGGAAGGAACCGAAGGGGAAACCAUAGACGGUGCUCCAAGAUUACAGAUCGCCGUUCGAUGUGCCAAAGCUGCGUUUCUGCUUUCUUCACUGAAAUCAUAUUCUAAUAGCGUCCUCCGAUCUGCAGAAAACGACGAACUUGAGAAGGAGAAGAUGACGAGAGAAAUAGAAAACCUGAGGGUGGCGUUAGUGAAGGAACGGCUUAAGAUCAAGCAAAUCAAGCAGCGUGGAUCAAUGGAGCUCACUCUUCAAGUAAUCUUCGUUACUUUGAUUUCUUGUUUCGUUAUAAAGUUAGCAUUAGAUAUCUUUCUCGAUUGAUGA